UCACCAUGUAGCCCCAUCACGCCGUUGUUCAAAUUAUCGGCUAUGACGAAGUCUCCGACGCCCGGGUUAAUUAAUUGAAAAUGUCGCCGAUUGUGGAUAUGGAAAUUUCUUCUGCUUGAUAAUCAGGUGGCGUACAUGAUCUUUCGUUCUGUGUUUCUUCUCACUUCAGAGAUGCGUAUAACUACUGCCCGUCUGUCGGCAUACCGAACCCGAAUAAGAUCAAACACUACACACCCCGACCGAUAACACCGUCUUACUACCAUGACGACCAAUCUGUUUUCUCCGAUCCGGGUCGGCGGCCUGGAUCUCAAACACCGCAUCGCAAUGGCCCCGAUGACGCGAAACCGUGCCGAUGACCAUCACGUCCCUCUUGAUAUCGCCCGCGAAUAUUACGCACAGCGAGCCUCCACCCCCGGCACCCUGCUGAUAAAUGAAGGGACAUUCAUCUCAGCUCGCGCAGGCGGGAUGGAGAACGUCCCGGGGAUCUGGAACGACGAGCAGAUCAAACAAUGGCGGACCGUCACCGACGCCGUGCACAGUCAAGGCAGUUUCAUCUUCUGCCAACUAUGGGCACUAGGACGCGCUGCUGGCCCCGAAGUCCUCGCAAAAGACGGCUACUCCGUGAUCUCGAGCGGAAACCUGCCCAUCUCCGAAUCGACCGCUGUUCCCAAGCCUCUGACCGAAGACGAAAUCCGGGAGUGGAUCAGCGACUACGCCCAGGCAGCGAAGAACGCCAUCGCUGCGGGAUUCGACGGCGUCGAGAUCCACGGCGCCAAUGGCUACUUGUGCGACCAGUUCCUACAAAGCACCUGCAAUAACCGGGAAGACAGCUGGGGUGGCAGCGUUGAGAAUCGGUCUCGUUUCGGCUUGGAAGUGGCCAAGGCCGUGGCGAAUGCCGUUGGUCCCGAGAGAACGGGGUAUCGCAUCAGCCCGUGGAGUAGAUUCCAAGGCAUGCGCAUGGAUGGCCUGCACACACAGUUCACACAUCUAGUGGAGGGCCUGGGCCGACUCAAUCUGGCGUACCUGCAUGUGGUUGAGCCGCGGAUCUCGGGCGGUAUGACGGUUGAAGCGGCUGAUGAGGAUAACAGCUUUCUGUUGAACGCAUUUGGUGACAAAGGAGCGAUCAUCCUGGCCGGUGGAUUCACGGGGGAGUCGGCCGAAAAGGCUAUCCAGGCCCAUCCAGGCCACCGCGUCGCCAUUGCCUUUGGGCGUCACUUUCUGGCAAACCCCGACUUGCCGUUCCGCAUAGCCAAAGGCCUUGAUUUCAAUCAGUAUGAAAGGCCGACUUUCUACACUCCUAAGUCACCCGUGGGCUACAUCGACUACCCGUUUAGCAAGGAAUAUUCCAUUAGUGUCUGAUGGAGUCAUAGAUUAGAGCAAAUGAAUAGAAGAAGGCGGCGUUGCUGACCUU